ACUAGAAUCAUCAAAUCCCCGAAAGCAUAUUCAUUUUCAUAUUCAUAUUUCCGGCGAUGGAUGCAUUAGUUCCGGUUCAAAGUGCUGGACAGAGACUUCCGGUUAGACUGGUCUCAGCUUCUCUCCAUCGGUGCAUCGGUUCUGUCUCCAUCAGACGCUCGGUGUCAGGUUUUGCCAUGGACACAAGGAUCAGCUCUAGAGCUCCUUCGCAGUUCACAAUCCGAUCUCAACAGGUGCCGCACCGUCUUCUUCCUCCGUUGUGGUUAAAAUUUAUUGCUUCUUCCGUCUCUUUUGAUUCCAUGAAGAAAAACCCAUUAACAAAGUCGGAUUUGAAGGAGAGCUUAGGUGUUGCUUCUUCUUCUGAUCUUAGAAUCAAGGAAUGGGAAGUAGACAUGUAUCAGAACGAAUUAGCUAUUAGCCAAGGUAUCAGGAUCAGGAGAAAACCUCCAAGCAAGGCUCCACUGGGAUACACUGGACCGUUUGAGCUGAGAUUGCUUAACGGCCAGGUUGCUGAUUCUCCCAGUAACAUCUUGGAGGAGAUUACAUGGUUCAAAGACCAAGAAGUUUCCAGGAUGAAGGAACUGAACCCACUUGAGGCGUUAAAGAAAGCUGUAGAGAAUGCUCCUCCCACUAGGGAUUUUGUAGGUGCGCUUAGGACGGCUCAUCAAAGGACUGGCUUCCCUGGUUUGAUCGCUGAGGUUAAGAAGGCUUCUCCAAGUAGAGGAAUCUUGAAAGAGAAUUUUGACCCGGUCGAGAUUGCUCAAGCUUAUGAAAGAGGCGGUGCAGCGUGUCUUAGUGUUUUGACUGACCAGAAGUAUUUCAAGGGAGGCUUUGAAAACUUGGAAGCAAUAAGAAGCGCUGGUGUGAAGUGUCCUCUAUUAUGCAAAGAGUUUGUUGUAGAUCCAUGGCAGAUCUACUAUGCUCGGGCUAAAGGUGCUGACGCAGUAUUGCUUAUUGCUGCUAUAUUGACCGACCUUGAAAUAACCUACUUGCUUAAGCUCUCCAAGAAGCUUGGUUUGGCUGCCCUUGUUGAGGUGCAUGAUGAGAGGGAGAUGGGUCGUGCUCUUGGAAUAGAAGGGAUCGAGCUUGUUGGCAUCAACAACCGAAGUCUUGAAACAUUUAAAGUGGACAUUAGUAAUACAAAGAAGCUUCUUGAAGGAGAGCAUGGUAGACAAAUCCGCGAGAAAGACAUGAUUGUGGUUGGCGAAUCCUGUCUGUUUACACCUGAUGAUAUUGCCUAUGUACAAGACGCUGGAGUUAAAGCGGUAUUGGUUGGUGAGUCCAUUGUUAAGCAAAACGACCCUGAGAAAGGAAUAGCUGGACUCUUUGGCAAGAACAUUUCUCAGACUUAGAAACCGCGUCCCUGAACUCACAUCUCCAACUAUGUUUCUUGGUACAUUUGUAUCUUGUUUCUGUGAGAAUUGAAGAAAGGCUUUUGUUUAUUUUCUCUAUUGUAUCAGAUUUAUUUUUUCAAAAACCGCUUAAUAAAUUGAAUCAAGAUUUGAUUUA